UCUCAUUUCAAAAAAACACAAACACACACUAAACAAGAGCAUCAUCUUCUUCUUCUUGUUCUUCUUCUUCUUCUUCUUCUUCUUCUUCUUCUUCUUCUUCAUCGUCGACUACUGCAAAAUGGAAGCUUCCAAGAAGGUGAACUCGCAGCUCCUAUCGAAGCUCGCCACCAGCGAUCAACACGGCGAAAACUCGCCGUAUUUCGAUGGAUGGAAAGCAUAUGACAAAGAUCCCUUCCACCCCACCACCAACCCUAAUGGAGUCAUCCAAAUGGGCCUUGCUGAAAAUCAGCUUUCGCUCGACUUGGUGGAAGAAUGGAUCAAGAAGAAUCCGGAGGCGUCAAUCUGCAACGCAGAAGGAGUUCAUGCAUUCAAGAAUACGGCAUUGUUCCAAGACUAUCAUGGCUUGCCCGAGUUCAGACAGGCAGUGGCAAGAUUCAUGGAAAAAGCGCGAGGCGACAAAGUGAGAUUCGAUCCCGACCGCAUAGUAAUGGCAGGCGGAGCAACCGGAGCUAAUGAAACCCUCAUGUUCUGUUUGGCUGAUCCCGGCGAUGGAUUUCUCGUGCCUUCUCCAUAUUAUCCUGCAUUCAAUCGAGACCUGAGAUGGCGAACGGGAGUAAAACUAGUGCCGGUGACAUGCGAGAGCUCGAACGGGUUUCAAAUUACGAAAGAAGCCCUCGAGGAAGCCUACGAGAACGCGGAGAAGGCGAACAUCAAGGUCAAGGGCGUAAUUCUAUCGAACCCUUCGAACCCGCUGGGCACGACGAUGGACAGGGCGGCGCUGAGAACCCUAGUGACGUUCAUCAACGGCAAGCAAAUCCACCUCGUGUGCGACGAGAUCUACGCGGCGACGGUCUUCCGGGGCCCGCGGUUCGUCGGCAUCUCCGAGGUGGCGGAGGAGAUGGCGGAGCUCGUGAACCUCGACCUCAUCCACGUGGCGUGCAGCCUGUCCAAGGACAUGGGCCUCCCCGGGUUCCGGGUCGGGAUCGUGUACUCGUACAACGACGCCGUCGUGAGCUGCGCGCGCAAGAUGUCGAGCUUCGGGCUCGUGUCGUCGCAGACGCAGCGGCUGCUGGCGCGGAUGCUGGCCGACGAGGAGUUCACGGAGAGGUACCUGUCGGAGAGCAGGCGGCGGCUGGCGCGGCGGCACGAGGCGUUCGCGCGGGGGGUGGGGGAGGUGGGGAUAGGGUGCUUGGAGAGCAACGCCGGGGUCUACUGCUGGAUGGAUUUGAGGGGGAUGCUGAAGGAGGCGACGGCGGAGGGGGAGAUGGGGCUGUGGAGGGUGAUCGUGAAUGAGGUGAAGCUCAACGUCUCGCCGGGAUCGUCGUUCCACUGCGGCGAGGCGGGGUGGUUUAGGGUUUGCUUCGCGAAUAUGGAUGAUGAGACGCUGGGGGUGGCGCUGAAGAGGAUACGGAGGUUUGUAGGCGGUGGAGAGGCGGCGGCGGUGGUGAAGAGGUCGUGGCAGAGGAACUUGAAGCUUAGCUUCUCGGCGGGGGCGGUGGCGGCGCCGAGGGUGAUGUCGCCUCACUCGCCGAUGCCGCACUCACCGAUACCGCACUCGCCGCUCGUUCGUGCCAAGAAUUGAAGUUGAUUGUUUUUUUUUUUUAAUUUAAUUAAAAAUAAUAAUUGUAACUGUGAACUUUUUUUUUUUUUUUUUGAGGGGCAGUGUUGUUAACCAUUUGAAUUGGGGGAAUACUUAUGGGCCAAGUAUAGUGAUUGGGCUGGGGAGAAAUAGAUUUGGGAAUUUAGUAUGAAUUUGGGCUUUUUCGGCCUCUGAAAAGUGUAUGGUUAUAU